AUGGCUGUCCUCCUGAAGUUGAUAGAAGCAAUUUUCUACUUCUUCCCGGCAAAUGUUCCCUUCUCCCACUUCGUGUCCAUCCAUCCUCGGAUGAAGUUCUCGAUUACGCAAACUACAAGGUUCGAGUUGGAUUCUGCUGUCCCUCUGCAAUGAUACCGAUCGUACAAAGCUCCGUUAAUGCCCGCUCUCCCUUGGGAGUGCUUGGCGGUGAUUACUGUCGCUGCAAGAAGAGACUCAUCAGCUGUUUUUCUCUCUCGAGGCCAAAGCUUACCCCUUUGUAUCGGUCUAGCAGAUGUAACUUCCUAUUCCGGCCUCUUGGUGACCCGAAAUGGCCCAUCUUGGAGGUGGGCAGGGGCAAAGAUGUAAUAUUAGUGGGAGAGGAGAUGAAGCGGAGGAAGAGAGUGGUUCUGGUAAGGUUUAACAAUCAAGGUGGGUUUGGGUUUAAUGGCGGAGGAGGCGGGAAGGACGAUGGAGUAACGGCUAGGGUUGUCGGGAAUCUUGUUCUGGCAAUUGGGCUGACUUAUCUUUCUAUGACUGGCCAGCUUGGUUGGGUCUUGGAUGCUAUCGUCUCUAUCUGGCUACUUGCUGUGAUUAUCCCAAUUGUUGGUUUGGGAGCUUUCCUCUGGUGGGCUGGAAGAGAUAUAGUUCAAAGCGCUUGUCCGAACUGUGGAAAUGAUUUUCAGAUUUUCAAAUCUACUUUGAAAGAUGAAUUGCAAUUAUGCCCCUUCUGCAGUCAACCGUUCUCAGUUGUGGAUGACAAGUUUGUGAAGGAAUCAGUGAAGUUCUCCAACGAAUUCACAGCAAAACAGAGAGCAGCCAAUGACUUCUCUCCUCGACCUAAGAGAGGAAAGGAUUCUUCUAGGGCCGUUGUAGAUGUUGAAGCAGAAGUAAAAGAUGUUGACUGAGAUUUCCAGAACACAAUUUUCAUGGUACAGAUACAAAACAAUUCUGCAACAGAGGAGACCCAGCCGGGAUACAAGAAGAUCAAAUUCUUAGGGGAAGCAAGAUUUCCUGUUGUUUGUCAAAGAAAUUUCAUUUUUGUCCAAGAUUUUGUUUGUAUUGUCCGAACUAGAGCUUGUAGAGAAUAAUGUACAUGUUGAUGCUGAAAAGCUUGCAUUUCACAAGUUGGAAUUUGAUGCAGUCAAUAGCAAAGAAUUCUUUUAUGCAUGGA